CAGAUAUACCCCUUAAUGCACUGGUAUGUUUUUUUUUCCAGGCACAUUGCUCAUGUUUUAGUCAUGUUGGGUUCAGGAUUGCUGCUCCUCCUGAUUACACUGUGGCAUCGGUCUGAUGGUCAGAACUCGGCCCCCAUGCUCCAGGUUGUAACACAGACUGUGCUGCCACCUGACAGUGUGAACAAUCCCACACAGCUCAACUACGGCAUGGCUGUCACAAACGUGGACGGUGGCAGUGACCUAGAAGUGGUGGUUGCAGGGUACAACGGUCCGAAUCUGGUGCUGAAGUACGACCGCACCCUAAGUAAGCUGGUAAACAUUGCCAUUGAUGACAGAAACUCCCCAUACUAUGCACUGAGGGACAGAGCAGGAAAUGCUAUCGGUGUUACUGCAUGUGAUGUGGAUGGAGACGGACUUGAAGAGAUCUAUUUCCUCAAUACAAACAAUGCCUACUCUGGACGGGCAACAUAUUCAGACAAGCUCUUCAAGUUUCGCAACGGCCGCUAUGAAGAUCUGCUCAGCGACGAACUCAAUAUCGGCCGUGGUGUUGCCAAUCAAAUGGCUGGACGUUCAGUUGCAUGUGUCGACAGAAAGGGAACAGGCCGGUACUCCAUCUACGUGGCGAACUAUGCUCAAGGCAGCGUUGGUCCACACACACUCUUAGAAAUGGAUGAGACCGCUAGUGAUGUGUCCAGAGGAGUCAUUGCCAUCGCUGACGUUGCUGCUACAGCCGGGGUCAACAAGCUCACAGGUGGUCGCGGUGUGGUUGUUGGACCAAUCCUGAACCAGAUGAGGUCGGACGUGUUCUGCGACAAUGAGAACGGUGCCAACUUCCUGUUCAAGAACAAUGGAGAUGGGACGUUUGUGGACAUGGCCCAGCAGGCAGGUGUGGAGGACCGGUUCCAGCAUGGCAGGGGAGUAGCACUGGCUGACUUCAAUGGGGACGGAAAGACAGACAUUGUCUACGGCAACUGGAAUGGGCCACACCGACUCUACAUCCAGACCAGCGACUCCAAAUUCCGUGAUAUUGCCAGUGGAGAGUUUGCUUCACCAUCUCCUAUCCGCACCGUCAUCGCUGCAGACUUUGAUAAUGACAAGGAGCUGGAGGUGUUCUUUAACAAUAUUGCCUACAGAGGAAUCGCACCAAACAGAUUGUUCAGGGUGUCGAGAAGAGCUAAUGCAGACCCUUUGAUCGAGGAGCUUAACGUAGGAGAUGCUGCAGAGCCACAGGGGCGAGGAACAGGUGGAACUGUGACAGACCUCGAUGGGGAUGGACAGCUGGAUCUUCUGCUGGCUCACGGGGAGAGCGACCAGCAGCCAAUCUCAGUCUUUAAGGUCACACAGGGUUCAUCCAACAAUUGGCUGCGAGUCGUUCCUCGUACCCAGUUUGGGGCGUUUGCUCGCGGUGCCAAAGUAACGGCCUUCACCGCUCAGAGUGGAGCUCUCACACGCAUCAUCGAUGGAGGCUCUGGGUACCUGUGUGAGAUGGAGCCUGUCGCCCACUUUGGAUUAGGAACAGACACGGUGAAAGUUCUGGAGGUCUCCUGGCCGGACGGCACCACAAUGACUCGAGCUCUCAAGUCUGGAGAAAUUAAGUCUUUGGUGGAAGUAGCCUACCCGAAAAACGGAGAAAUGUCCAUGCUUCCCAAUGACACGCAGUGUGGGAAAGGCUUUACUGUCAUGAACGGCCGCUGUGCAGCAGGUAUUUGAGGAAAAUCACAUGGAAAAAAUUCUUUAAAGGGCUGAUGUGUUGUGCUACAGAGAAUAUGACUUUGAAUGCUUUUUAAAAAGGUUUACUUUGAGUAGUUUUAUUGUUUUAAAUUCCUUAUUUUUCACUAACGUUUUAUUUUUACUGCUUUACAAAUCUUGUUUAAUAAAGUGCUCUGCUAUUUCACUA